GGGGAACCAGACCCUUGGGCCCCAGACUCCAGGGAGAGCGCUGCCGCAGGGCUUCGCUCUCCUCCCUGCCUCUCCGCCCAGGCCGCCGCUCGCUGCUCCCGGGCCCAGGUCGCAGGCCCGGCCACGGGGGGAGAGCUGGCUUCCAGUCCCCGCCCCGCACAGAGCCCGCGGCAGAGCCCGGAGGAGAGAGACAGAAGCGAGACCGGAAGGCAGCGCUGGGGUCCUCCUUCCCGCUCUGCCUGAGGGAGGCCGGCUGCGCCUGACUUCCCUGUGACGGGAGCCAGGAAAAGUCGCUUUUGGCUGACGCUGUUUCAAGACAGGUUUCUGUCACUGGACGUGAAGGGGUCCUCUGCGUCCCUGGGGCGACUUCGUAAGGAGUUGCCAGAAAAGGGACAGGGCCAGAGAGCUUGUAAUGAGGGAAGGCGGGGUCGGCCUGGGCUGCUGUGUCUUUGCCCCGACUUCCUUCCCAGGGUCAGGACUGGGGGCCGGUCGUGGGAGGAAAACAGUGAUGCCCGGCCGCCCGGGUGGGGACGGUCUCCGCUCCAGAGCGCGUGUGAUUUCUGGGAACGCUCUGCACUCCGACCGCCGGGCUGGCACAGCCAGAGUCCGGGUUCCCGGAAAUGACCUCGGGAGAAGGCGCGGGCGCGCCUGGGGCCCGGCAGGAGCCGAAUUUCCGCCGGGGCGGAGCCCAGGUCAGGUCCGACGGCUGCUGUCUUAAGCUCUACCCAGGACCCGCGCUGACCCCAUCCCUCCCAGGCCCGAGGUCACUGCACUGACGCCGCCCCCCCCCCCAAGAUUAGGAUCACUGGGUGAAAACUCCCCUGGUCGGGCUCAUCCCCAGAGCCAGGCACAACGCCAGGCGCAGUAUUUGUGGAAAUGAACCAAUGGGAAGUUGUGGAGAGGAGGACGGGUGACGCGAACCUGCAUCGUGCAACCCGCAGCGGACUCUGAACUGCGAGCCCCGACUUCACUUCCGCCGCCUGGAAGCCCCGGGGCUUAGCCCCCUAGGCGCCGCCGUUUGUCCCAGGAUGCUCCGCGCAGGUCGCGUCCGGUGAUUGGCUGCGCUGCUCCACGUGGUGCCAGGCAGGCGGCGGCGGUUGCCGGGGCGACGGCUGGACAAGGGGCGGCCGGGCAGGGAAGGAGCGUGUGCCCGCGUCAGAGCAGCAGAGAUUUUUGCGGUGAGAAUUAACAGUAACGGUUCAAUAUGGGGGACAUUCUGGCUGAUGAAUCAGAAUUACUUGGACUAGUGAAGGAGUAUUUAGAUUUUGCCGAAUUUGAAGACACCUUGAAAACAUUUUCAAAAGAAUGCAAAACAAAAGGAAAACCGUUGUCUAAAUCAGCAUGUGGCUCUUUAAGGGACUCCAAAUCAUCGAUAAUCCAGAAGGACCUCCUUGCUGCGUUUGACAGUGGAGACCAGAAGGUGUUCUUCGAUUUGUGGGAGGGGCACAUUCCCAGUUCCAUCCGGGCUGGCGACUCCCUCGCCCAGAAGUUGGAAUUCUACCUUCACAUCCAUUUUGCCAUCUAUCUUCUGAAACACUCCACAGGGAGACCUGACAAAGAGGAACUGGAUGAAAGGAUUUCUUAUUUCAAGACCUACCUGGAGACCAAAGGGGCAGCGCUGAGCCAGACCACGGAGUUUCUCCCUUUCUACGCCCUGCCUUUUGUUCCCAAUCCCGUGGUACACCCCUCAUUUAAAGAGCUUUUCCAGGAUUCUUGGACUCCAGAAUUAAAGUUGAAGUUGGAAAAGUUUCUGGCUUUAAUUUUUAAAGCCAGUAACACGCCGAAACUUUUAACAUUAUAUAAGGAGAAUGGACAAAGCAACAAAGAAAUGUUGCAGCAGCUCCACCAGCAGCUGGUAGAAGCCGAGCGUAGGUCAAUGACGUACUUGAAACGGUACAAUAAGAUCCAGGCGGACUACCACAAUCUCAUCGGAGUCACAGCAGAGCUGGUGGAUUCUCUGGAGGCCACAGUCAGUGGCAAGAUGAUCACCCCCGAGUACCUGCAGAGCGUCUGCGUCCGCCUCUUCAGCAACCAGAUGCGGCAGAGCCUGGCGCGCAGCGUGGACUUCACGAGGCCCGGCACGGCUUCAACCAUGUUAAGAGCCUCCUUGGCACCCGUGCAAUUGAAGGAUGUCCCAUUACUGCCCUCCUUGGAUUAUGAGAAACUGAAGAAGGAUUUGAUUCUGGGGAGUGACCGCUUGAAAGCCUUCUUGUUGCAGGCUCUGCGCUGGCGCUUGACCACAUCGCACCCUGGAGAGCAGAGGGAGACCGUUCUGCAGGCCUACAUCAGCAACGACCUCUUGGACUGUCACAGCCAUAGCCAGAGGAAUGUGCUGCAGCUGCUGCACUCAAAGAGCGAGGUGGUCCGGCAGUACACGGCCAGGCUCGUCAACGCUUUCGCGUCCCUGGCAGAAGGUCGCCGCUACCUUGCCCAGAGCACGAAGGUGCUGCGGAUGCUGGAAGAAAGGCUGAAGGAGGAAGACAAGGACGUCAUCACCCGGGAGAAUGUUCUCGGGGCCUUGCAGAAGUUCAGCCUCAGGCGCCCACUGCAGACAGCGAUGAUUCGAGACGGCCUCCUCUUCUGGCUGAUUGACGUCUUGCAGGAGCCUGACCGCCUGUCUGACUACGCGCUCGAGUACUCGGUGGCCCUGCUCAUGAACCUCUGCCUCCGGAGCACAGGGAAGAACAUGUGUGCCAAGGUGGCGGGCCUCGUGCUGAAAGUUCUUUCGGAUCUGCUCGGCCAUGAAAACCACGAGAUACAGCCGUAUGUGAAUGGAGCUCUGUACAGCAUCCUUUCUAUUCCAUCCAUUCGUGAAGAAGCAAGAGCAAUGGGAAUGGAAGACAUCCUUUGCUGCUUCAUCAAAGAAGGCAAUGCUGAAAUGAUCCGCCAGAUUGAAUUUAUCAUCAAGCAGCUUAAUUCAGAAGAGCUAUUGGACGGUGUUCUUGAAUCUGAUGAUGACGAAGAUGAAGAUGAUGAAGAGGACCAUGACACUAUGGAAGCUGAUCUGGACAAAGAUGAACUGAUCCAGCCCCAGCUUGGAGAGCUCUCAGGCGAGAAGCUUCUGACCACGGAGUACUUGGGAAUCAUGACCAACACGGGGAAGGCGAGGCGGAAGGGGGCGGCCGGCGUGCAGUGGGGCGGCCCCGAGCCCCUGCGCCGGCCCGUCACUCCCGGCGGCCCCAGGACCGGGUACCCAGCGCUGGAAGACCAUCCCAUCUCUCCCCAGAUGGCCAAACAUGCCAGAAACAGCUGCCUCCCGUCUCUGCCAAAUGCCCACCUUCCAGUCUGCAAGGGGGUCAUGCCUGGUGCUCCCGAGCCUUGCACUUCCUCUUCAUCCGCCAUCGACGCCAAGUCGGGAGAGUGGUUGCCAGCAGGACGUCGGGGAGAGCCUCACCUGCCCCCAGCGGGGGGCCCGAGCCAGCCUAGGGAGGUGCCCUAUGCCCUGGACAGUGGCGAGACCACCAGGGAGUUUACACCAGGCUUCGCCUACAAGCCCCGGGCCCCCUGCAGCCCGGAGAUCCUGGACCUGAACCCACCCAAGGCCAAGGCAUCGGCUCUGGCCCCUCAUUUCUCCUCGUGUGGCCCCCAGCAGGCCAGCCGCCCCGGCUCCACGGCGUUCUCCACGAGGAGCCUGCAAACUUGCCUGGAUUUUCUUCUCCAGGCAGCCAGUCUUCCAGGAAGUGAGGCUGGGUUCUUCCCCGGUGUCACCAUCCCGUUGCCCAGUGACCAGCCAGCUUCCUGCCCUCGGCCAGCCAGCAGCUGCAGGUGACAGAUGUGGAGAGACAGUUGUCAAUGAGCCGCCAGGUGGCUUCAGGGGCUGAGGAGGACAGCCCUCCAGGCAUCCAGGACCAGGACCACCGCAGCCCAUGCUCCAGGGUCCUGCCACCGCCCUUCCUGCCCGCCCUCCCCCUGGCACCCAGCUGGGGGGCAGCAGAGCCAAAUCCAUGAGCCCAUCCAUCUCGUCCAUCUCUGGAGCUUCUGCGGAGGAGCCGGAGCCAGACAGCUCAGCCAGAGACGGGACCUUGGCCUCGGUGGAAACUGGCCCCCCUCACCCAGACCAAGUAUGAGGAAACAGAAGGGACUGAGAAUAACAGAAACUCAUUCUCAAGCCUGCUGCCUGAGCAGCAGACUUAGUAUUUUCUUCCUCUUUUAAAAUCUGGUAAGAAUAUGGUGUGCUCCCCUCUCUGGCUGGGAAUAUGGCUAUCCCAAAGCAGCCCUGUGCUUCUGCACGUGUGUUUUAAGGACUCAGAGCAUUGACCAGUUUAAAGCCAUUUCCCUCCCUCCAUUAAGACCAUAAGCACAAAUAGUGCCACUGGCAGUGUGACUGUCCCCCGCGGGUGGAGGCCUGUGCUCGCCCCUUGCCGAGGGUGCCCUCGGGGCCCACGUCUGAGGACAGAGGAAGAAACUUCACUUCAUUGCAGAGCCAGUAAUGUUACUCAAGCUAGUCGCAGGGUCUGACCUCCUUAAAACAGAAAUAUUGAAA